GUACCAUGUCUGCAGUCUCUGGCCAUCUCCUGUACCAUGUCUGCAGUCUCUGGCCAUCUCCUGUACCAAGUCUGCAGUCUCUGGCCAUCUCCUGUACCGUGUCUGCAGUCACUGGCUGUCCCUGUACCAUGUCUGCAGUCUCUGGCCAUCGCCUGUACCAUGUCUGCAGUCUCUGACCAUCUCCUGUAGUAUGUCUGCAGUCUCUGUUUGUUUCCUGUAGUUUUUUGCAGUCUCUGACCAUCUCCUAUAUUAUGUCUGCAGUCUCUGGUCGUCUCCUGUAUUGGGUCUGUAGUAUCUG